UCGCACUUGCCCUCCAGUCCGUGGAAUGAUAUAGGGGGAAUCUCUGUAUAUUUGUUUCCGUGUGUGUAUAUACACACACGCGUGUUGUAGAAGCAGCAACAGCAUCCACCACCAACGCCAGCUCGCAUAACCAAAUUUGGCCAGAAGAGAGAAAGACGCGCGCCAAAGAAAGGGAUUGGUGUGAUUCUCUCGGAGCUUGGUGGUGGUGGUAGCGUCCAAGUAUCUAGCGACCUUUGCUGCCGACGAGGCAGGGAUGCGGGUUAAUGGUUAACGCGGGAUAGGUGUUUCUUUUAAAAGCUGCUCGCCCGCGUCCCCACACCGCCAGACAGAGUAGCGACACCGCCGCCGACAGAGGCGAAAAAUCGGACGCCCAAGAAAGACUCCGUCCGAGCCAUCUAUCCAACAACAUCUUAGCGUUCGGUCGACUACUGCUGUAGUAGUUGGUGGUGAGUGACGAGGGAAGGGCGAGUCGAGGAGGAGGCAAGCAAGCAGCGGGCGUCUCCGCAAGUGAUCUGGGUAAAAACAUGGGCAAGAAGAAGGCUGUGGUUGACGUGGGAGCUGUUGAGAAUGGAGACGCCGCAGCUAAGAAUGUUGAUCCUCUUUAUGAAAAUAUAACGGAUGGCGGUGUUGACACCGAGCAAGACGCCAAGCAUGGCAAAAAGAAAAAAGAACCCAAAGUGAAAACCAAUAUGGUUGGGCUCUUCAGACUGUUCCGUUUUGCAAGUGGGCUGGACAAGUUGAUGAUGGUGGUUGGACUAAUCUUUGCAAUUGCAAACGGAGCUGCCCUCCCAGUAAUGAUCAUCCUCUUUGGAGAAAUGACAGACACCUUUGUCAAUGAUGCUCAGAACAACACGGAGACAAAUGGAACUGAAUCAGAAAGCCUUGAGGAGCAGAUGACACGGUACGCGUACUAUUAUGUGGCCAUCGGCGGCGGUGCAUUCCUGGCGUCAUACAUCCACAUCUCCUUCUGGGUGCUGUCGGCAUCGCGCCAGGCACGCAGGAUCCGAGAGACGUUUUUCCACGCCGUGCUGCGGCAGGAGAUUGGCUGGUUCGACGUCAACCAGACAGGGGAGCUGAACACGCGCCUAACUGAUGACAUCAACAAGAUCACAGACGGCAUGGGUGACAAGGUGUCACUGCUCGCACAGUCCCUGGCCACCUUCAUCUCGGGCUUCAUUAUUGGCUUCAUCAAGGGCUGGAAGCUGACGCUCGUUAUCCUGGCCAUCAGCCCCGUGCUCGCGAUCUCCGCAGGGUUCUGGUCAAAGAUCCUGACCUCGUUCACGAACCGUGAGCUCUUGGCGUACUCGAAGGCAGGCGCCGUGGCGGAGGAGGUCCUCUCUUCCAUCCGCACCGUCAUGGCAUUCGGGGGUCAGGAGAAGGAGCUCAAGAGAUAUGACAAGAACCUUGUGGUGGCCAGAAAUAUUGGGAUUAAGAAGGCCAUCACCACCAAUCUGUCGAUUGGUUUCACCAUGUUCAUCGUGUAUGCCUCGUACUCGCUGGCAUUCUGGUACGGAAGCAAACUGGUGUUGGAGGACACUUCCUACACCAUAGGGAACGUCAUGAUUGUGUUUUUCGCCGUCAUCAUUGGAGCAUUUGGAAUUGGCCAAGGCGCCCCAUUCCUUGAGGCCAUCUCUGUCGCCAGGGGUGCUGCUUAUACCAUCUUUGAGAUCAUUGACCGGCAACCACAGAUCGACAGUUUUUCCGAAGAGGGUUACAAGCCCGACAAAAUCACCGGCAAUGUGGAGUUUCAAGACGUGCACUUCAACUAUCCGUCAAGAGCGGACGUACCGGUGCUGAAGGGGGUCAACCUGCAAGUGAAGAGCGGCCAGACAGUUGCGCUGGUGGGCAGCAGCGGCUGCGGCAAGAGCACGACCAUCCAGCUGCUGCAGCGGUUUUACGACCCGCAGCAGGGCACGAUCAUGGUAGACGGGAGGGACGUGCGCACCCUGAACCUGCGCUCCUUGCGUCAGCUGAUCGGUGUCGUGAGCCAGGAGCCUGUGCUCUUCGCCACAACCAUCGCCGAGAACAUCCGCUUCGGUCACGAGAAAGUCACAAUGGAGGACAUCGAGAGGGCGGCUCGGAACGCCAACGCGUACGACUUCAUCAGCCAAAUGCCCGAGAGAUUCAACACGCUGGUCGGGGACCGCGGAGCGCAGCUCAGCGGUGGGCAGAAGCAGCGUAUCGCCAUCGCGCGUGCCCUCAUCCGAAAUCCCAAACUUCUGCUCCUCGACGAGGCCACAUCGGCCCUGGACGGGGAGAGCGAGGCCAUUGUGCAGGAGGCCUUGGACAAGGCAAGAGAAGGCCGAACAACGAUCGUGAUUGCCCAUCGCCUCUCCACCAUCCGCAAUGCCGACAUCAUCGCAGGCUUCGAUGGAGGUGUCAUCGUUGAGCUGGGCACUCACGAUGAGCUGAUGAAGCGCAAUGGAGUCUACCACACGCUGGUCUCCAUGCAGACGUUCCACCAUGAGGAUGACAAGGGGAUUGAAGACACUAAGGCCAAACGCCUAGACUCGCCUACUGGUGACAAGGCCUUUUUCCGCAGCUUGUCCCAGCAGUCACAUGCAAAAGAGUCAGACUUAGCCAAAGAAGAUGGGGAAGACAACAAAGAGACAGAGGAAGUAAAGAUCCCGAAGGUGUCCUUCUGGAAGGUGUUAGCGCUGAACAAGAAGGAGUGGCCGUACAUUACCCUAGGCACCUUGUGUGCCGGAGUCAACGGCGCGUUGCAGCCCGCCUUUGCCGUCAUCUUCUCUCGCAUCAUCGGGGUGUUUGCAGAGACAGACCUCGUGAAACGAACGGAACAGAGCAACCUCUACUCUUUGCUCUUCCUUGUCCUUGGGAUCGUCUCCUUUGUUACAUUUUUCCUUCAGGGCUUCUUGUUUGGUCGUUCUGGUGAACUGCUCACAAUGAAGUUGAGAUCAAUGGGCCUUAGGGCCAUGCUCAGACAGGAUAUGAUGUGGUUCGAUGACCCCAAGAAUAGCACGGGCGCGCUGACCACACGCCUUGCCACUGACGCCUCCCAAGUCCAAGGGGCGACUGGUGCCAGACUCGCGACCAUUGCCCAGAACAUAGCCAACAUGGGCACGGCCAUCGUGAUCUCCUUCGUGUACGGCUGGGAACUCACACUUCUCAUCCUGGCCAUCGUGCCGUUCGUUGGGGCGGCUGGCUUCCUGGAGAUGCAGGCCCUUACCGGCCAGGCCAACCGUGACAAGAAGCUGCUGGAGGAAGCUGGCAAGAUAGCGACCGAGGCUGUGGAGAACAUCAGGACGGUCGCCUCCUUGACGCGGGAGUGCACGCUGGAGAAGAUAUACCAGGAUAGCCUGGAAGGGCCUGCCAAGACAGCGAAGAAGAAGUCGCAGUUCUACGGAUUGACAUACGGCUUCUCGCAGGGAGUUGUGUACCUCGCCCAAGCUGCCGCCUUCCGCUUUGGGGCCUUCCUCGUCACGGCGGGCCGCAUGGAGUUUGAAAAUGUUUUCUUGGUAUUUUCGGCGAUCGUGUUUGGAGCCAUGGCUGUUGGGCAGACGAGCUCCUUUGCCCCUGAUUACGCCAAGGCCAAGACAUCGGCCAACCACCUCUUUCACCUAUUCCAGCUGAUUCCUGUGAUCGACAGCUACAGCGAUGAGGGGGAAAAGCUGGAGGACUGUGAAGGAAACGUUGAGUUCCAGAGUGUGGGCUUCAACUACCCGAUGCGGCCUAACGUGGAGGUGCUCAAGGGCUUGUCCGUGAAGGUUGAAAAGGGCCAAACGCUGGCGCUUGUGGGCAGCAGCGGCUGCGGCAAGAGCACAAGUGUGCAGCUGCUGGAGAGGUUCUACGACACGCUGAGUGGGAACGUGCUUAUCGACGGCAAAGACGUGCGCUCGCUGCACAUCCAGUGGCUUCGGGCGCAGAUGGGCAUCGUAUCGCAAGAGCCAGUGCUCUUUGACUGCAGCAUGGCCGAGAACAUCGCGUAUGGAGACAACUCGCGCAUCGUGACACAGGAUGAGAUCGUGGCUGCCGCCCGCGCCGCCAACAUCCACACCUUCAUUGACAGCCUCCCCGAGAAGUACAACACAAAGGUCGGAGACAAGGGGACACAGCUGUCGGGUGGUCAGAAGCAGAGAAUAGCGAUUGCGAGGGCUCUCGUCCGGCAGCCCAAGAUCCUCCUGCUGGAUGAAGCAACAUCAGCCCUUGACACGGAGAGCGAGAAGAUUGUGCAGGAAGCACUUGACCGGGCACGGGAGGGCCGCACGUGCAUCGUCAUUGCGCACCGCCUCUCAACGGUGCAAACCGCCGACAAGAUCGCUGUCAUUCAGAACGGACAAGUCAUCGAGCAGGGCACGCACCAGCAGUUGCUCGCCAAGAAGGGCGCUUACCACUUACUCGUCAACGCACAAGUCUCUCAAAUAUGAGAGAUGCGCCCGCAACAAAUUCACUCCGUUUGUCCCUCACCAAGGGGAUGGCUGACUUUGGGGAUGUUACCGUCCCAGGCAAUAGCAAAGAAUUUUGGCCAUUAGUACAACUAGUGCUGGAGCUCCUGCAGCAGUGUCUGGUGAGCGUUUGGUGUUCACUGGUGCCUUAAUUUAAUUGUCUUGUGUUUGGGCAGCUGUCAUUGCAGAGAUUGCAUUGUUUCCUCUAGACCUAUGCUGUGCCUAGCCAGCAGAGGGAGACCUCAUGAAAAAUUUACGUGAAAAUUUCAGCCUUCCCGAGUGAUUAUUUUAUGCGAUUCAAGGUCACGGUUCUAUUCGAGAAUAUAUUAUUUUUUUAAGACUAACUGUAGCAGCCCCUAUUAGCUGCAGGCCCUGAAUGGGGACUCGCUGUGACAUGUGAUUUGAAGCCUUGCUACAACAUGAUGCCAGGGAAUGUGUUCUCUGUAAUUCAAAUAUUUACAAAGCAUGGCUCAAGAGGUCAGAUACUAAGCCGGCACUGCUGAGAGACUGGGUUUUAUCCAGGUUUCAGUCACUCGUGAUUAAACCGGCUUCUCAAGUGCAGUGAGUUGAUGUUCUCAGCCGUUACCAAUAACUGCAGAAUAAAACCAUCAAGUAAGGUCUGGUAUGACACUGAAUUUGCAAAUUUUUGCACGGAGAAUGAAAAUAUCCGUUUGACUAUCAUGCGAAAACAGUAAUGUCGUAACGUGGGUGGGAAUGAGCGCCACCUAGUGUCGGUAAGUGGUCACUUGCAGGGAUCUCAAAAGUAGUUCUGCGAUUUCUCUCACUCGGAGGGUUGCACUGCUCUAAAUGGAUUCUUCAUUUUGUGACAUGAUUCCGAUAGGACAAUUUAGAAGAAAAUUUUGAAAAAAGACAAAAAUGUAAGCAUUCACAAAGCUCCGAUUAGCACUGUUGGCUACGUACAGUGCGAAAGAAGUUAAAAUAUAUGGAUACAACGCUUGUGUACAUCUAAGGUGAUCACACAUUGGUCACUGGAUUAUUUCACAAGAUAAUUUUUUCUAGAAGCUGCUGAAUAAAUGCACACAAUUUGAUAUGCGGUAAUUUGUUUCGAGUAAUUCGAUAAUAUAAUUUGUACAACUUCUGGAUGUACAUGUUUCCUUUUAUAUUUCCUAUUUCAAAUACUUUAUUUGAAUGCAAUAUUUUCAUAUCACAUAAUAAAGCAAUGGCAUUGGUGUAA